UUGAGGGAAUUUUCACACAAUUUAAACAAGAAACAGGCCGUUCGUAUGGUAGCUUUGAAUAUAUUGGUGAUCCAAAUUCAAAAUUGCUUAUAAUCACCCUUGGUUCAGGUUCAUUGUAUUUACAAAAAGCUAUAAAGAAAAGCUCUAAAGUCAGUGUAAUGAAAAUAAGGAUUUAUCGUCCUUGGUCAGAGAAUCAAAUUUUUGCUAAUAUUCCCAAAAAGAUUCAAAAAGUGGCAGUAUUAGAACAAGUUGUUGCACGUACUACUAAAUGGACACCAUUAUAUCUCGAUAUUGUUUCAGCAUUUCAAAAUCAAACUCUUUGGUCAGGUAAAGCGCCAGCUAUAAUCAGUGGCAAGUAUGGAACUGUUAAAAAAGAAUCUAUUGAUGAUGACGUUGUCUCGUUGUUUGAAAGCCUCGGGUCAGGUGAACUACGUCAGAACUUUGUUGUCGGAAAUGAUGACUCAACAUCUCGACAAUUAAAUGGUGUAAAUGGUCAUUCGAAUGAUAUUAUCGAAUUACCAAAUAUUGAAAAGCCAUAUAUCAAAAUGCUUGAAGAAGUUUUUAAAGAUCGUUUAUAUAUUGCAAAUUUUGGCCAUUCAGAUGUUGUUAAAUCAACUCCUGAAUUUGCAUUUGGAGUUUUGAUUGCUAAACUUCAAAAGCGCGCACAAUUUUCGGAUCUUGUUGCGCGUGCAGUGAAGGAUACUUCUAUUUCUAUUCCUGAGCCUUUGUUAAAAGCCUUAUCGCAAUGGCUUCUUUACCAAGAUAAUACCGAUAAAUCAAGGAAAUUUGGUGAUGAGGCUAUCGAGUAUCUUGCUCAAACUCAUGAUACUCAGAUGAUACUCUCAGAAAUUUAUAAUCAAAAGGAUCAAUUCACAAAACCUGCACAAUGGAUUAUUGGCUCAGAUGCAUUGACAUAUGAUAUUGGUGGAUCUGGU